AUGGACCAGACAGUUUAUGGAUUGGUAUCCAAGAGAGCACGUCAGGAAGAGAGGACGCCCGCCGACAGAGUGGGACAAGGAGAUGAAGAAGACCUGCGGGGGAGCAGCCUGGAAGAGAGUAGCAUUAGAGAGGAGAGAAUGGAAAAGGAUGGGACAGCCAAUGUAAUGUGGAAUGGGUUGAAGGAAUUCAUUCCGAUUCCCGCUCUUCCUCCCUCUCACCCUCCCCCCAACAAAAGAAUUUCCUGGAAAUCUCUGAUAUACUCCAGUAACCUUGGGUAA